AUGGCUAACCCAUCUCCUGGUAUUCCUUACUUUGUUCCGGCAGCUUUGCACCCCACGGGAACGGUAAUCUCCACUUUGGACGGUACUGAAGCUCCCCCAUUGUUCACACCCUUGAAGAUAAAAGGAAUGACUGUGCCUAACAGGAUCGCAAUGUCUCCAAUGGUUAUGUACGCGACUGAUAAGGAAGGCCCCAAUAAGGCAACACCAAAUUUGUACCAUUUGAUCCAUUACGGCUCAGUUGUGGAACGUGGUUGUUCUCUGAUAGUCGCUGAGGCAGUGGCUGUCACGGAAGAUGGACGGUGUUCACCAGAGGAGUUGGCACUGGAAACAGAUUCCCAGGCCCUGGGAUGGAAACCAGUGGUUGAUUUCGUCCAUAGUCAAGGAGGGAAGAUAGGUGUUCAGUUAAGCCAUGGUGGUAGGAAAUCAUCGACAUGGGCAUUGCACACGUCUAAGGCAUUGACAGCAAUAGGGAAAGAAGCUGGUGGGUGGGCAGAUCAACCUGAAAAGAUCAUCUCAGCAAGUGCUAUAUCAUACAGCGAACAAGAUGGGUACCCGGUACCAAGAGAAAUGACGAAAGAAGAUAUCAAAGACGUUGUCAAAAAGUACAAGGAAGCAAGAGAUAGGGCCAUCGAAAUUGCAGGCUUUGACUUUGUAGAGAUUCAGGCUGCACACGGUUAUCUUGUCAACUGCUUCUUAAGUGCUGCUUCGAAUAAGAGAACAGAUGAGUACGGUGGCCCCUUACAAAACAGAAUGAGAUUCCUAUUGGAGAUUUGUGAUGCAGUUAAAGACAAUGAACACCCACUGUUUGUGAGAAUCUCCGCAGAGGAAUGGAGUAACAAUCCAGAUGCAUGGCAUAUGAAUGACACGCUAUCGCUUGUAGAGGCAUUGGACAAGCACGGGGUUGACCUCGUUGACGUUUCAAGCGGUGGAAUUGACAGCAAUCAGAUAAAGAUUGCCCAUCCUCCUGGAUAUCACGUUCCACUUGCAAGAGCUGUGAAGCAUUACGUCAAGGAAAAGAGCUUAAAGAUCUUGGUAUCGACCGUUGGUAGAAUCAACAGUGCAUGGCUGGCCAACGACAUUAUAACUAAUGAGGAUGCAGAUGUCGUCUUCAUAGGCUCCCCAUUUUUGAAGAAACCUUCAUUGGUCUGGGAGUGGGCAGAAGAGUUGAACGUCAAGGUUGCAGUUUCGAGACCAAUAGGUUGGCCAUUAGGAAUAGUCUAA